AUGGCAAAAAACACAGUCACAAUGUUUUUAUGCUUAUUAAUAUUGACGAGCCAUUGCAGCCUAAAAGAUUUGGUUGAUAAUCCUCAACAACAUAGGGAUAGAAGAAAAAAUAAUUUGAGAUCAAAUACCUAUAAGGAAAAUUUAUUGCAGUUUGAUUAAUAUUAACGAAGCUUUCUAAUUUCUGAGAACGUCCUUAGUGCUAAUCAAUAAGAGGUAUAAGUCACAAAGGAAAAAUUGUUUGCUAACUAAGAAGCUAUUAAAAAUUUAGAAGAUAAAAGAGAAAAUAAUGUUAACAGAGAGGUUGAUAAUGAAUUCAAAAACAAUGCCGAUUAAGCAUAGUCAUAAAAUAAUAAUAGUAAAUUUGAUUAAUCAAAAUAAUAAUAAUAAUACUAUUAGUAGGAAAAUUAAGCUUAAGAUUUAGAUAACAUAGAAGAAUAAACAUUACAUAUAGAAUAAUAAGACAGCGACCAUAAUAUUAAAAGAAUAAACAAAAACUAUGCUAUGUAAGAUUAGUAAGAUGGGGAAUAAGAUAAUAAUGAAGACGGGUAAGGACAAGAUGGAGAUACAUAAGAUGAGCCUCCUGCUGAUGAAAAUAAAGAAGAUCCACCAGCAGAAGAACCAAAAGAAGAUCCACCUGCUGAGGAACCGAAAGAAGAUCCCCCAGCUGAAGAGCCAAAGGAAGAUCCCCCAGCUGAAGAACCAAAAGAAGACCCCCCAGCUGAAGAACCUAAGGAAGAUCCACCUGCUGAAGAGCCAAAGGAAGAUCCUCCUGCUGAAGAACCAAAAGAAGAUCCACCUGCGGAGGAACCUAAAGAGGAUCCACCAGCUGAAGAACCUAAAGAAGACCCACCUGCUGAAGAACCAAAAGAAGAACCACCAGCUGAGGAACCUAAAGAAGAGCCUCCAGCUGAAGAACCGAAAGAAGAACCUCCAGCUGAAGAGCCAAAAGAAGAACCACCAGCUGAGGAACCUAAAGAAGAGCCACCAGCUGAGGAACCUAAAGAAGAGCCACCAGCUGAAGAAACCAAAGAAGAGCCACCUGCUGAAGAACCUAAGGAAGAGCCACCAGCUGAAGAACCAAAAGAAGAACCACCUGCUGAAGAACCAAAGGAAGAUCCACCUGCUGAAGAACCAAAGGAAGAUCCACCAGCCGAAGAACCUAAGGAAGAUCCACCUGCUGAGGAACCGAAAGAAGAACCUCCAGCUGAAGAGCCAAAAGAAGAUCCACCUGCUGAAGAACCAAAGGAAGAUCCACCUGCUGAAGAACCAAAAGAAGAACCACCAGCAGAAGAGACGAAAGAAGAACCUCCUGCUGAGGAAACAAAAGAAGAACCUUCCCUGCUGAAGAAACUAAAGAAGAACCUCCCGGCUGAAGAAACAAAAGAAGAACCUCCUGCUGAAGAAACUAAAGAAGAGCCUCCUGCUGAGGAAACUAAAGAAGAACCACCAGCUGAAGAGACUAAAGAAGAACCACCAGCCGAAGAAACUAAAGAGGAGCCUCCCGCUGAAGAAACAAAAGAGGAACCACCAGCUGAAGAGACUAAAGAAGAACCACCAGCAGAAGAGACUAAAGAAGAACCUCCCGCUGAAGAAACAAAAGAAGAACCACCUGCUGAGGAAACUAAAGAAGAACCACCAGCUGAAGAGACUAAAGAAGAACCUCCUGCUGAGGAAACAAAAGAAGAACCUCCCGCUGAAGAAACAAAAGAAGAACCACCUGCUGAAGAAGAAAAAAAAUCAGAAGAAGAAACAAAGCCUGAAGAAGAGGCGAAGCCUGAAGAAGAGGCGAGGCCAGAAGAAGAAACAAAAGCUGAAGAGGAAACUAAACCUGAAGAAGAGUCGAAACCAGAAGAGGAAACAAAGCCUGAAGAAGAGGCUAAACCCGAAGAAGAAGCAAAAGCUGAAGAGGAAACUAAGCCAGAAGAAGAAACUAAAGCCGAAGAAGAAACAAAAGCAGAAGAAGAAGCUAAACCAGAAGAAGAAACAAAACCUGAAGAAGAGGCUAAACCUGAAGAAGAAACAAAACCUGAAGAAGAAGCUAAACCAGAAGAAGAAACAAAACCUGAAGAAGAGGCUAAACCUGAAGAAGAAACAAAACCUGAAGAAGAAGCUAAACCAGAAGAAGAAACAAAACCUGAAGAAGAGGCUAAACCUGAAGAAGAAACAAAAGCGGAAGAAGAGGUUAAACCUGAAGAAGAAACAAAAGCGGAAGAAGAGGCAAAGCCAGAAGAGGAAACUAAGGCUGAAGAAGAAGCAAAGGCAGAAGAGGAAACUAAAGCUGAAGAAGAGGCAAAGCCAGAAGAGGAAGCGAAACCUGAAGAAGAAACAAAAGCAGAAGAGGAAGUGAAACCUGAAGAAGAGGCAAAGCCAGAAGAGGAAGCGAAACCUGAAGAGGAAACUAAAGCAGAAGAAGAGGCCAAACCAGAAGAAGAAGCAAAGCCUGAAGAAGAGACAAAGCCAGAAGAGGAAACUAAAGCAGAAGAAGAAACAAAGGCAGAAGAAGAAGCAAAGCCAGAAGAGGAGACUAAGGCUGAAGAGGAAACUAAGGCAGAAGAAGAAGCAAAGCCAGAAGAGGAGACUAAGGCUGAAGAGGAAACUAAGGCAGAAGAAGAAACAAAGCCAGAAGAGGAAACUAAAGCCGAAGAAGAGGCGAAGCCAGAAGAAGAAACAAAAGCUGAGGAGGAAACUAAACCUGAAGAAGAAGACUAAACCAGAAGAAGAAGCAAAAGCUGA